CUGUGUCAAAUUCAAGAGCGGAAAAAAAAAAGUUCUCCUGCGAAGUGCGAACAAGUUUCAGUCUUACAAGGAAACGUACACGGACAUGCUGCUUGAUGAGUUGAAGCACAUAUCGAUGUAUAAACUACGAACCUAUGGACUAAUAAAUGGAAGAAACGCGCAGAAUGGAACGUUUAAUGAAAGCGCGCUCUUGAACAUUUAGAACGAGAUGAGGCCAUAAUUAUCGGUACGGUUUACUUAAUUUUCUUAUCCCAGUGCUCGUUCUUUUUGUAUUUAUAUUAUUAACAAAUGAUUAUUAUUUUAUUUUUUAUUUCCGUGACUGGUCGUUCAAGUGAAUUCCCUGAAAAACACAAACUUGGGUUUAGUUUUGAAAAGAUGCUUUUUGCUUUCGCAAGGCAACACCCGACUGACCGGUAUUUAUAGCAAAACCAUCCAAUGGAAACGACUGGUUUAAGUCAUCUUUUCUAAACGAUUCCUGAUGUUGUCAACAGCAGUGCUCUCGCAGCGUUGGACGUUUACAGCAUAAAGGAACUCUAUUAGGACAAACCACAUAAAGAACUGUGAGGAAUUAAAAGAAUUGUUCGCUUCGACUGUGUUCUUUGUAAUUUUCAAAAUGACUGUCAAACUGGAUUUUGAAGAAUGCCUGAAAGACUCCCCGCGAUUCAGGGCAGAAAUCGAGAAGGUGGAGGUCAACGUUAAUGAACUGGAGACAAGACUUGAGAAGUUGGUGAAACAGUGCCACACUAUGCUGGAUGCAGGCCGUGCCUAUUGCCAGAACAGUAAGAGCUUUGUAAAUGGCCUCAAAGAGCUUGGAAACCACUGUUCUGAGGACCGAACCAUGGGGGAGUGUUUAGAAAAGUUUUCUAAAAAGCUGUCAGAUAUCGUUAGUGCUCAAGAGGAGGUGAUUGAAACCACACAAAAGUCUGUGAAGUUGAAGCUGCAGAAUUUUGUGAAAGAGGAUGUGAAGCGUUUUAAGGAUGUACGGAAGGAGUUUGAGCGUAGCAGUGAGAACCUGGAGGCGGCACUGAGCAGGAACGCACAGGCACCACGCGGGAAACAACAUGAGGUGGAAGAAGCCAGCAAUAACCUCCUGAAUGCACGCAGAGCCUUCAGAUCAGGGGCACUGGACUAUGUGCUGCAGAUUAAUGUCAUUGAGUCCAGGAAGAAGACUGAAAUUCUAAUGGCGAUGCUUUCUCUUAUGGAGGCCCAGGCGUUGUUCUUCCAUCAAGGCUACCAGUCACUCACAGAACUGAAAAACUACCAAAAACAACUGAGUGAUGAGUAUACUCAACUAGUCCUGAAUUCUGCAAGAGAGAAAAGGGACAUGGAGCAGAGACUUGGUGCUGUCAAGAAAAAGGAUGUGUCGUAUGAUGACUCCAUAAUGGACUUCAGCCCAGAUGCACCCAAUGGCAUUGCAAUGGAAGGUUACCUGUACAAAAGAGCCAGCAAUGCUUUCAAAACAUGGAGCAGGCGCUGGUUCUCCAUUCAGAAGAACCAGUUGGUUUACCAAAAGAAACAUAAUGAGCAGAUCACUGUUGUUGUGGAGGACUUGCGUUUAUGCACAGUGAAGCCCUGCAGUGAACAAGACAGACGAUUCUGCUUUGAGGUCGUCUCUCCCUCCAAGAGCUGUUUAUUACAGGCUGAUUCAGAGCGACAGCAGCAAAGCUGGAUCACCGCUGUCCAGAACAGCAUCGCCUCAGCUUUCCAGGACAGAAGAGAUGACACCCUUGGCCCUAGAGAUCGCUGUAGCUCAGUGUCUGCGGGAAGCGUGCGUUUGAGUGCAGGGGAGCCGGAAACAUCUGGCCGGGAGGCCCUGGAGGAGGUGCAGGCCAUCUCGGGGAACGGGCAGUGCUGUGACUGCGGGGAGCCUGGACCCGACUGGGCCUCUAUCAAUCUGGGCAUCACGCUGUGCAUCACCUGCUCUGGCAUACACAGGAGUUUAGGUGUGCACUUCUCGAAGGUACGAUCCCUGACGCUGGACUCAUGGGAGCCAGAGCUCGUCAAGCUCAUGUGUGAGUUAGGAAACACAGCCAUUAACAAGAUCUAUGAGGCACGUAUUGAUGAGAUCACAAUCAAGAAGCCCCACUCCUCUAGUCCGAGACAAGAUAAGGAGUCGUGGAUUCGCUCUAAAUAUGUAGAGAAGAAAUUCAUCCACAAGCUCCCAGAGACUGGUCGAGGAACGGUCCUGCGGCGCUCCAGUGCCCGACGGAACCGAGAAACCACACAGGACAGACACAACACACGCCCUGCCAUCAAACCCAAACCCAACCGAGCCACUCUGCCACGACUCACAGGCCUGAACCCAAGUGAGAUAAUGAAGAACAAUUCCAGCUCUCAUAAAGAGAAUGAUGAAGAGGAGGAUCUGAGUGGUCUUCAUCCCGGGGCUUUGCUGUAUCGAUCUGCGGCUAUGCAGCAUUUCCCUCUCAUGGCAGAUGCUCUGGCGCACGGCGCUGAUGUCAACUGGGUCAAUGUGGCUGAAGACAGCAAAACUCCACUAAUACAAGCCGCUAUGGUUAAUUCCUUGGCAGCCUGUGAGUUUCUCCUACAGAACGGCGCUAAUGUUAACCAGGUGGACUCAGACGGGAGGGGACCACUACACCAUGCUACCAUACUGGGACAUACAGGGUUGGUGUGUCUGUUUCUUAAGAGAGGAGCGGACUACAACGCAAAAGACAUUGAUGACAAGGAUCCGAUCGGCAUUGCCAUAGAUGCUGCCAACGCUGACAUUGUCACGCUACUCCGGAUAGCCAAGAUGAACAAGGAGAUGCGGGAGAUGGACGGCACUCCAUCAGGUGAUGAUACCUAUCAUGAUAUUUUCAGGGAUUUCUCCCAAAUGGCCUCCAACAAUCCAGAGAAGCUUAAGCGCCGUAGUGCUGACAUGAAAUGAACCACCUGACCACUAGAUGUCAAUGUUACACACACACACACACUCUUACACAACCUCCAGUAGACAAAAUGAAGUUGCCACAUACUAUUGCUUUUCUUUGUUUUGCCGUAAACAUCUCUUAUGAAAUGCUGCUUCAUUUGGUUUGUCUGCCGUACAUGAGUGUGGGUCUAAACCUCUGGGUUUUAGCAUAUUUAUCCCAGUUUAGGCUUUAGGAUGUCAUCAAUCAUUUUGGUGUUUCCUGUCAGUUCUUUUCAUUGACUUUCUGUAGCUGAAUAAUUAAUCAUUUCAGCAGGUUUACAUUCCAAAUGGUAUGAAAGCAAGGCAUCAAACCAGACUGUAGUGGUGGAGUGGAUGCUUCUAUGUUUCUCAUUUAGAUAGCAAUGGAUUUUUCCUAAUUUUUGCUCAAGUUGUUUUUCUUCUUUUUAAUCACCAUGUUGUGAGCCACAGUGUUAAUGCAACUUGAAUGUACUUGUUACUUUGGGUGAGAGAUCACUGUUUGCUUGGUUCUCCUGAAUUAUUUUAUUUUAUUUUAUUGUUUAAAAUUUUUAUUUCUCUUUUUAUAUAAAAAAAAAAAAGUUUGAAAAUGGUCAAUUGUAGAAUGUUAACAUGUAGAAAUUAAUAACCGUGAAAACGGUAGAAUGUGUAGCUAAAUAAAUAAAUGAUUCAUGAAUUACGUGACUUGCAUUUCUGAGAAUUUUGCAAUAAAACCUAAAACACCUUUAA